GUUGACAAUAUACCCAUUAAAUUAAACACUGCAGCUAUUCUGAGGGAGGGAGCCCUCUAUCAGCGCCAAGUGGAACAGGAGAUCAAGAGAAUUGAAAAUUUGCAACAAGGGGCUGGAGACCCAUAUGAAUUCUUGGAAUGGCAAAAACAGAUGCGUGGGAAAGAUUUGGAAGAACAGCUGGCUGAAAUAGAGUGUAGGAGGCUUCAAGGGAAACUGAGUCAUGAAGAAGCAGUUCUAGCCCGUCAGAAUGUAAUUCAGGAAAAUAAGAAGAAAGCUGAUCUCCUGAGAGAAGAGAAAGCAGACCUGAUGCAUCAGUGUGCAGAGAAACGUCUACAGGAACAGAAAGAGAUGAGAGAGCUGGUGGAGCAGGUCAUGGAAGGACACAAGAAUGUAAAGCAAGUAAAAACAGAGCUCCAGGAACACAAACGGCAGAUAGUUCAGAAAGUUUGUGAGGAAAGAGAAGAACUUGUUCGGAGAGCUUUAAAAGAAGAGGAGGAGAGGAUUAGGAAAAGAUACGAACUAAUCCAACAAAUACGAGCUCUUGAGUCUUUACCCAUCAUCAGACACAAGUUUGUUGACUUAACAGAGACUGGUGGCCAUGGUUUAAUUGGUGAAAUGUCAAUAGUGGAGCUACGUGAACGCCUCGCUCUGCUCAAAGAAGCACAGAAGGCAGCAGAGGAAGAGAAAAGAGACCAGAUAAUUCAUGAAAAACAAGCUAAGGAACAACUUCUUCUAGACAAACUGGACCAGAUUUCCCUGUUCAGAGCAGAACUUGGACGAGCAGCUGCUUUAAAGCAAGAAGAAAAGAAAAGAAAGCCCCAGAGUGGUGAAAGGCUCAGGAAAGAUGAACGCAUUUUAACCUUGCAGAAGAAGAUUGUAGAAAGAGCAAUGGAGCGUAAAAAGCAAGCAGAACUCUUCAAGAUUAGUGCCCAGAAAACCAGCAUCGCAUCAAGGAAGGAUUCUUGGCAAUGGAACCAUUGGAAAGAACUGGAAGAGAGUCGGGAAAGACAGUUCAAAACCCGUCAGCAUGGCUUCAUGGCCAGAGAGAAGGGCUGGCUGUGA